GCGAAAUGCGAAUGGCACUUGAAGAAGAAGCGGCAGAGGGAGGAAUUUCAACAAAUUAUCGAGGAAAAAGGCAAGAAACGGUCGAAAAAAGCAGUGUGUGUGCUUUGGCAAGUGCAUAACUCCUCACCACACACACCGCAAAAUACCGACCCAGCAAAGCACACAAAUUACUCGACCGCGGAGACAAGGAUCAAAAACACCAGCUUAGAUGAUGAGCAGCAGAACGCAGGACGCGGACGGUGCUUCGAUCAGAUUCAGCGACCACACACUGGACAAGGCCACCAAGGCCAAGGUGACGUUGGAGAACUACUACAGCAACCUGGUGACGCAGUAUGGGGAGCGGAAGCAGCGCCUGGCGAAGCUGGAGACGCAGCUAAAGGACGAGAGCCUGUCGGAGGCGCAGCGCAAGGAGAAGCGCUUGCAGCAUGCCCAAAAGGAGACGGAGUACCUCCGGCUCAAGCGAUUGCGCCUCGGCGUGGAGGAUUUCGAGGCGCUAAAAGUUAUUGGCCGCGGCGCUUUUGGCGAGGUGCGACUUGUCCAGAAAAAGGACACGGGACAUGUGUACGCCAUGAAGGUGCUGCGCAAGGCCGACAUGAUCGAAAAGGAGCAAGUUGCCCAUGUUCGCGCCGAGCGCGAUGUUCUCGUCGAAGCGGAUCACCAGUGGGUGGUCAAGAUGUACUACAGUUUCCAGGAUCAGGUCAAUUUAUAUUUGAUUAUGGAAUUUUUGCCUGGAGGUGAUAUGAUGACGCUUUUAAUGAAAAAGGAUACGUUAUCCGAGGAAGGCACACAGUUUUAUAUCAGUGAGACGGCAUUGGCGAUCGAUUCGAUUCACAAACUCGGUUUCAUACACAGGGAUAUUAAACCAGAUAACUUGCUGCUGGAUGCACGAGGACAUCUCAAGCUCUCUGACUUCGGACUCUGCACUGGCCUAAAGAAGUCGCAUCGAACAGACUUUUAUCGAGAUUUGUCGCAGGCGAAACCAUCCGAUUUUAUUGGCACUUGUGCUAGUCCGAUGGACUCGAAGCGACGUGCCGAGUCGUGGAAACAAAACCGACGAGCCCUGGCCUACAGCACGGUGGGAACGCCGGACUAUAUUGCACCCGAAGUAUUCCUGCAGACUGGCUACGGACCCGCCUGCGACUGGUGGUCCUUGGGAGUCAUCAUGUACGAAAUGCUGAUGGGCUAUCCCCCAUUCUGCUCGGACAAUCCCCAGGACACCUACCGCAAGGUGAUGAAUUGGCGCGAGACGCUGAUAUUUCCCCCGGAGAUCCCGAUCUCGGAAGAGGCCAAGGAGACGAUCAUCAACUUUUGCUGCGAGGCCGAUCGCCGUUUGGGCUCCCAGCGUGGUCUCGAGGAUCUAAAGUCAGUGCCGUUCUUCCGGGGAGUGGAUUGGGAGCACAUACGGGAACGUCCCGCUGCCAUACCCGUUGAGGUGCGCUCAAUAGACGAUACGUCCAAUUUCGACGAGUUUCCCGAUGUGUCGCUGGAGAUACCAUCGGCGCCCAUACCGCAGGGCGGUGAGAUUGCCAAGGACUGGGUCUUUAUCAACUACACGUACAAGCGAUUUGAGGUGCGAAAUUUGGAGUGAAGUACGAGCUGGAGCAGGAAUUAGAAACAGAUUCGGAGCAGAAGCAGAAGCAGCUUGAAGGUUGCCGCACUUUGCCACCCAUUUUAUCACCACCACAGCCGUCGUCUCUCUAACACCAUCACCACCAAGAGCAUUCUCCACGCUAAACAAAAACCCCAAUUUUCCUUUUUGAAUGUCUUACCUACAUGUGUAUUUAAAUACUAGCUAACAUUUGUGAUUCCAAACAAAAAGAAGAAUAUUAUAACGCGAACAAACGAUGUAUUGUAUGUAAAAAAAAGUUUUGCUUAAAGUGUCACCCGCGCCUCGGGUUAGGUUUAAACGCUAUACUAAUCCUCCCAUGUCCUUCCAUUGGCUUUGUUCGAUCUUAAUAUUAACCGUUUAAACGUUGUGUUUGUAAACCAGAAUCCCAUUAAGGACCCAUUUGGCAAUUCUUUAUAUAUAUAUAUUGUUUACUUCAUUGGGCAGCAAAAAAAAUACCCAUACAUUUAUUAUUUAGCCAAUUGAGAAAUGUUAUAACUUUUAGGCACGUUAAUUAUACGUAUAUGUUUUGUAUCAAUUUAUUAUGAAACAAGGGGUUUAUACAUAGUAAAACCUAAAACCACACAAAACACAAUCGCAAAUAAGCAAAAACGAAUCGAAAAUUUAUCACACAAAUUAGUUACUAAUGCCAAUAGCAACAAACGAAAAUCUAGACAGCAAAAUAAACAACAGUAUGUUUAAAUACCGGUUUCGUUCUAUGUACACCUUCUCCACCCAAUCCCACGGAUACGAUCAUAUAUUUAAAACAUUCUAAUGUAGUUCUUCCCGCUGGAGUUUUGAGUUUCACGUAAAUGUAGUUUGAGCAAAAAGUGAAUUAUUGAGCAAGUUACCGAGUUACCGCUGGCAAGUAUAAAUCUAAUUACAUAGCAAACACUCUAUCCCGAGCAGUUGCAAAAUGCAAACUUAAAAUAAUUGAUAAUACACCUAUAAAUAAAUUAAACGAGUAAACAAGUUUUAAGAAAUUAUUUUUGGUAAUAGAAUACAAUAAUAGUAAGCAUACUGAUAAUUCGAUAAUAAUGCUACACAGCAACAUGAAAUGCAAUAAUAAAUGAAACAUGUGCAUAAUAACUAACAAUUACAUAUAAAGUAAA